ACCUAAGGCAUCGUUUAUUCCUUUUAAAAUGAAUGCAUAUAGUGGAGAAGCAUGUUGUGUAGUUAAUAGGGCUUGUUGUAUUAUAGGUUUAAGAAAGAUAAAUUUUUGCACUUAUAUCCACUAUGAUGUGAGUUUUUCAACUUGGAUUUGAGUGUAAAGUGUAUAUAUAGUUGAGGUCUUCAAUCUAUUACAAUGUUACGACAAAUUGGAUCUACAGUGGGUUCUUGGACUCACAAGAAGAUCGUUGAUCCUCUUCUCCAAAUCCUUCGUAGGGGUGCAGAGCCAAAACAAUUGGCAUUCUCUGGGGCUCUUGGUGCUACAUUGGGUCUCUUUCCCAUCUGUGGGGUUGCUGUGUUUCUAUGUGGCGUAGCUAUUGCAGUACUUGGAUCCUUGUGUCAUGCACCAACUGUGUUGUUGGUCAACUUCAUUGUUACUCCCAUUGAACUGAGUUUGGUGAUUCCUUUCCUACGUUUAGGUGAAUAUGUGAGUGGUGGACCUCAUUUUGCUUUGACCUCAGAUGCAUUAAAGAAGGUCUUCACUGGUAAAGCUUCGUGGGAAGUCUUGCUGAGCAUUUACCAUGCGUUGCUGGGCUGGCUUGUUGCUGUACCAUUCAUCCUGGCAGGGGUUUAUAUACUGUUUUUGCCAUGUUUUACAAUCUUGGUUCGUAAAUUCAGUAGCCUUCAGCCAAACAAAACCACAAGUGUUCCUUUAAGCCCGAAGAGAGCUGUUCCUCUAAGUCCAAGAAAAGUUGUUCAACCCCUUACAGAAGUCAGGGUGAAAGUGAGGGAUGUUUAAUGGACAUAGAAAUCAGUGUAUUCUUAAAUGGUUAAUGAAACUUCAACGGUUCCGGCAUUUCUGUACAUGUAUCAAGUUGAGAGAAAUUGACAGUGAAAACUGCUGCAAGUUGUAUCAAAAUUAUGUUUCUUAUACAAUUACCCUGCUACAGCAGGCAAGAAUUUUCUUUGUUUGGCAAUAAAUUUGAAGAUAUACAUGCAAUUUGGAUCUAA